UCACUGCAAACCCUAGCCUUUUUCCUUUUCCUCUGCGGCUACAUUUCCACUCUCGUUCCCACGAUAUCAAAGUAAAAAUGAAGGUGGUCGCCGUUUACUUGCUUGCCGUACUCAGAGGAAACGCUUCUCCUUCCACCGAUGACUUGAAGGUUAUUCUCGGAUCAGGUGUGGAACCAAAGCAAAGAGGAAAAGGAGCAGGGGAAUUAUAUUUUAUAAUAAUGGAAGCAGCCUCGUGCAGUCUCGAGCUUUGUGAGGAAUUGAGAAGGAAAGAGGAUGCAAUAGCACGAGGUAUGAUCAUGGGUGCAGCAGCUUCAACUGAAAAGUACUUGUACAGGUCUGGAGUAGGUCAAUCAAGAAGCUCUGCUGGAAUUAAAUUGACAAUUGUAGUAUGCUUGUAGUUAAAGUUUCUUAUAGUGAACAUGUUGUUUAUUCGGUAGAAGUUUCAAAUAUUUUACUUUUUAGAAGAAAGUGUAUUGUAGUCAUUAGAUUGAGUUUUCAAAUAUUGAUUAUGAACAUUUUGAUCAAAUGAAAA